AUGCAGACACAAAUGAAAGGAUUGUCCCAAUUCUUUUUGGAUUUGCGGAAUACCAAAGACUUGGAGGAAGAAAAUAAGCGGAUCAAUCUAGAGAUGAACAACAUUCAAAACAAAUUUCGUUCCCCACAAUCAUUGAAUGGAUAUCAGAGAAAGAAAUACAUUUGUAAGCUUAUGUAUAUCUACAUGUUAGGGUUUGCGGAUGCUAAGGAAUUGGGGUUGGGAGAAGCAUUACGGUUGGCUGAGUCGACACAUUUUUCAGAGAAGCAAGUGGGAUACUUGGGGGUUUCGGUGCUCGUUAAUCGAGAGGCCAGCCAGCUGGUGAGGGAGUAUAUGAAUGACUUGUUGGAGAUUAUGCAUGAGCCUCUUGUGAGAGAUUUGCAGUCAAAUAACGAAGAUGCCAAUUGUAUAGCGAUCCAGUUCAUUGGCUCGAAGUUCAAUGUAUUCCAUGAUGGUGACUUUUUGAGUGAUCCGGUGGUGAAUGAAUCGGAUGAAAUGGCCAAGGAAUGGUUAGAAUUGAUCGAUAUAGUGUAUUCGUUAAGUUGCUCACCUAUCCAAAGUCUGCUCAUCAAGAAAAAAGCGGCUUUGGGGCUUUUGUCGCUUCUCAAAUUAUAUCCCCAGGUUAUACUAAGUAACAAUAACUGGAUUCCACGGUUGUUGACAUUGAUCGAUGACAAAGACCUAGGCGUUGUUACCUCCUGUAUUCCAUUAGUCAAAUUCUUGAUAACCAUAAGGCCGCAAUUUGUAAAGUCGGUGGUGCCCACUAUAUCCCAACGAUUAUAUGGAUUGGUUAUAAGAAAUACCUGUCCGGACACGUAUUUCUACUAUAAUUCCCCAGCACCAUGGCUAAUCAUCAAAUUGCUUCAAGUGGUUGAGCAUUUCUUCCUCCUAACAACAGAAGAUCAUAAUAGUUACCAAAUCCCUGUUUUACAAGUUACUGAUCUAGAUUCCGAAACUUUAAAUAAUUUGCGACAAGUUGUAUCAAGGUCUAUUCACAAUGCAUCGAAACCGAUUAAAGGCCUUCCUGAUAGAAAUUCUCAAAGUGCAAUUUUAUUCCAGGCAGUAUCCCUUGCGGUUUUUCUUGAUGCUUCACCUGAUGCUAUCGCUGGCGCUAUUAAUGCAUCUAUACUAUUGUUGGACUCUAAUGAAACCAAUACAAGAUAUUUAGCAUUGGACGCUCUAAUUAAAUUAUCGGCAAGAGCAAGCCCCGAUAAUAAUAACCAUUCAAUAUCCCAAAGAUUUGAUCACCAUUUGUUAAAACUAUUCGACCUCUUAACUGACAAGGACAUUUCUGUUAGAAGAAAAUCGCUUGAUUUAUUAUAUACUGUUUGUAACCCACAAACUUACGAAACAGUUAUCAACAAGUUGCUCCACUAUUUCCCUUAUUCUGACUUUAGUUUAAGAUCAGAAAUUGCAAUCAAAAUCGCAGUUUUAGCUGAGAGAUUUGCGACUGAUUCUACGUGGUAUGUUACCACUAUGUUGAAAUUAUUAUCUAUAGGUGGUGGAAAUUCUCAAGGCACAAGCUACAUUAGCAAUGAGGUCUGGGAAAGAAUAGUUCAAAUUAUUGUUAAUAAUGAAAGCCUUCAACUGAAGUCGUGUAAGCUUAUUAUCGAACUAUUAGAAGAUCCGCUAGUAGCGAAUGGACAUACCAAAUCACAACCCGUUAUAAAUACAGUUCUGGAAAACCUCAUUAAGGUAGCAGCUUUCAUAUUAGGUGAAUUUGGACAAGUAGCGGGAGAGGAUGAAGAAACCGAUCAUGAACCAAAUGGGUCCCCCGAGAAAUACUCACCCUCCAUCCAGUAUCAAUUAUUAUAUGAGGCAUACUUCCGUGUUUCCUUGGUUGUUAGAGCAAUGCUACUUACUACCUUUUUCAAAUUCUUUGUCAAAUUCUCUAAGGAAGACUUUGUGGCAGAUAUCGUGGAUCUUUUUGAAGCAGAGACUCAAUCUAUAGACAUUGAGGUUCAAACAAGAGCUUACGAAUAUCUUAAAUUGGCAACUAAUGCAGAUAAUCGAAAUCUAGCACUUGCGGCGGUUAGACCAUUACCCAUAUUUGAAAGAAAGACUAGUGCUUUGAUGUCGAGGAUUGGUAGCGUUCAAAAGAUUGCCAGUAAUAGGAACAGAUCAACGUCAUUUGUUAAUGCUCUGAAAAUUAACAAUGUAAAUAAUGGUACCGUUGCGAGUAAUAGAUUAUCUUUGGCAAACAGUAGCUCAGAGCAUCUUGCAUCCAAACAGCUUUAUAAUCACUAUCCAUCUACCUCAUCUGUUGCUUUACCUUCAACUAGGGAAGAGGAUGACGAUCUUUCUAAAGAAGAAAGUAAGGAAGAAAUAAAUCCAUUCGGAGAUGACGAUAAAAAUACUCCAGCUGUCUUAUCUCCUAACUGGUAUGGCGGGUAUCACCGUAUGUGUCAUUAUGAUGCUGGUAUCUUUUAUGAAAAUCAGUUCGUUAAAAUUAUAUACCGAAUCAUCAAAGAUCGCCACCAGUUGGCACUACAAUUUACUAUUAUCAAUAACUGUGCUAAGACAACUGGAGUAGAUAUCACCAAUUUAAGAGUACUAAAUAUCGAAAGUUUGACAAAAUCUGAAGACCCCAACUACGUCGUGAAUCUAAAACAGUUACCAAAACUGACCGUUUCUGAUAAAACGACAAUGGAAAUUGAUAUCAAGAUCCGAAAUGUGGUUGAAAAUAAUGAAAGUCCUAUUUUAUCCUUAACAUUUAUGUGUGGGGGCUCAUUCAACCAAUUGAAUUUGAAGUUCCCAGUUAUACUAUUGAAAACUGUGUCGUCUACAGCUAUGACAGAUCUUGAUGACUUUAAGAAAAGAUGGUUGCAAAUUGGUGAACUAUUAGGUGUUGAACAAGGCGAGUCAACGACAAGAAUCUUCACAUCACACAGAUAUAAUUCAUCCAAUGUUGUGAGAUUAUUGUCCAGAUUGGGAUUUGCAGUCGUCUAUAAUACAAGUGAUAACAGUGACCAAGGCAUAUUGGUAAUGGGGGCCGGUAUCUUACAUACCCAGAAGUCAAAAUAUGGUGUGUUAACUACGAUCAAAAGUAUCGAUGCCAUUGGCAGAGAAUUCGAAGUUGUAGUAAGGUGUACCGGGGGUGGUAUCCCCGAAAUCAUAACUUCAUCCAUGAAAGAAAUCAUGGAGGGCAAAUUUUAG